AUGGACUUUACCAUAGUGGAGUUCUUCGCUGAGAAAGAAAUCAUUAGUAUUAUUCCAAACUUUUCUCAUUCCGAAAUAACCCUAUUUUCUGGCAAUUACGGUCCUUUCGAGGCCGGUGUAGUCGCCAGAGUGCCGCUUUGGAUGGCCCUGUACUUAAGGCAGCGAAAAAAAUGUCAUAUCGUUCCUCCAGAAUGGAUGGCUCCAGAAGCUUUAGAAGAAAUCAAAUCCAACGAAUUGGAAUCUCCGUUAUUUACGCAACUUCCUAGCCCACAUUUUAUGGAAAUCUCUCAGCUCCUUUUGAACCGAUGUCCCACUGAUAUUCUCCAUGCUGACCUGGUGAAAACUUUAAUCCAAGAUAUAAUGGAUACCAGAGCUGCCAAGCUCAGAACUAGCAUGGACAUGUUUGUCAGGAGCGAAAACACUCAUGCACAGGUCAAUCAUCUCACCCAGUUGGAAAUAUGCCGUUUUCGCCGCUUUUUGAUUUUGUCUUUGCAGCAGUUACGAACACUACAAGGAGCGUUGAAGAAUGCUCAGGCUUCACAAAGGUCCUCGCUUUAG